CAUGUUGACAUCUCAGGUGGAUAAAUAGGGCUUGUCGACAUUCGGUAGUUAAACAAGUGCAUACAGUGGCCUGCGCGUUCUAGACAUUCUUCUCUGAUCAUCUUUGACGAAAUGAAUAUCCGGUACCUUCUAAAUAUUGCGCUUGGCAUCUGCUGCUGGCAUGGCGCCCUCCCGUGUCCAGACCUCUGCAAUUGCUAUUUUGACCAGGAGGUAAUAUGCAACAGCAUACCAAUUUCUGUCUUCCCGGCUAAAGGUAUGCCUAGGAACACCACCAGUCUGACCAUUCAGUAUACCAAUAUUACCACAAUUACUGGAGAGGACCUGCAAGCAACGCCGCUUCUUAAAGAGCUCCACCUGUCUAACAAUGAGCUCAGAAACCUGUCAACAGACAUGCUCAUUGAGGUCCCCUAUCUCCACACCAUAGACCUUACAGGUAACCAGCUGACGCACCUCCCAUCUCGAGUGUUCUACCACGCCCCACUUGACAGCAUAGCGCUCAAAAACAACCUCCUCUCCAGAGCAGAAGCCAACUGGCUGCCCAGCAACAGCAACCUCACCUGGAUUGACCUGUCAGGUAACCGCUUCCAGAAGAUUCCUGCAGGCAUCCUCCAGAACCUGGGCCGCUUGAUCACCCUGGACCUCUCUGAGAACAAGCUAGAGGACAUCCCAGCUGGAGUUCUGGACCCUCUGACCCUCCUGGAGAGGUUGUCUCUGCAGAACAACAAACUUCGCUCCAUAGACCCCUUAGCCUUCAACGCCACAUAUGCGCUAUCAUAUCUGUUUCUGCAACGUAACCGUCUGGAGAAACUGUCCCCAACCCUGUUCCAGCAUGUGAAGGAGUUGAGGUAUCUGGAUCUUAGUGAGAACCACCUGCGCCAUCUCCCCACUGGAGCCCUGGAUCCCAAUGUUAUGUUUGUGGACCUUGGGUUGAAUCCCUGGCACUGUGAUGCCAAGAUGGACUACCUGUGGAGGUGGGAGAGAAAGUCUAUAGAGGUCCACCACGAGGAGACAAAGGCUGUGUGCUCUCUGCCAGCGAUGCUGAAGGGAAGGCCACUGGCGUCCCUGAGUCCUGACGAGCUCGGAGUAAAGGUGGAGUAAGAAAGAUAAGAGAUAACGGGGAGAUAAGAGACUGUGGACUGUGGAGAAUGUGGAUGAGAUGGAGGAUCAGACACUCUAGUGAAGUUGGGACACCAACAUUGUCCAUUAUAAGUACAGAUAUGGACUGAUUUUGCAGUAAUUUUAUUUUUGAGAACAAUAUAAACAUUAAUACACAGACCAAGCUUCAAACAGUUUCUCUAGUACACCUGUGUCAGCAAAGCUGCAAAACAUCAAAAAUGAAAAUUACUGCCACACAGUAUGGUAAAACCAAAUACCAUAAAAUGUUUAAUAUGAAAUAAAAACAUCAAAAUAA